UUGAAACACACUGGACUUUAAGGAAGUGUUUUGUGAAAGCUCAUUCAGAAAAAUGUGACAAUCCAUCUCUUCCAAGGAUACAAAGAGCAAGAUUUUACCAUGGAAGGGACUUCUAAAAGUGGUGCCUCUGGUCAACCAUCUGUUGCUGCUCAAGUCCCUUUCCUUCACCUUUGCACCACAUUAGAGAAAAUCCAAAAGGCCAAAACUCGUCCAGAAAAAUCCAGAAUCCUUGGGGAUUUCAUUGAGUCAUGGAGGAAGUUUCAUUCUGCCCUCCACAAAGACACCCCCAAAACAACAGACUCCUUCUACCCAGCCAUGCGUCUCAUUGUUCCCUCUUUUGAACGAGAGCGGAUGGCAUAUGGCAUCAAAGAAAACAUGUUAGCCAAACUGUACAUAGACGUAUUAGGCCUUCCAAAGAAUGGCCCAGAGGCUAAUAAACUGCUGAACUACAGAGCUCCAACCACAUCACAAGGAGAAGCUGGAGACUUUGCCGGCAUGGCAUACUUUGUUUUGAAGAAACGUUGCAGUGGCCAAGGAAACCUUAGCAUCAAAGAGGUCAAUGACUUCCUGGACUCUGUCGCCAUAAACAAUGCUAGCAAGCAGAAGGAUCUUGUAAGGAAGAGUCUGUUGCACCUCAUCACCCAGAGCUCAGCUCUUGAGCAAAAAUGGCUCAUCAGGAUGAUUCUGAAGGACAUGAAGCUAGGGAUCAGCAAAGAAAUUGUUCUUCAAGUGUUCCACCCGGAUGCAGCUGAGCUCUACAAUGUUAGCACAGACUUAAAUAAGGUUUGCCAACAACUCCACAACCCCUCUGUGUCAUUGAGUGAAGUCUCUAUUGGACUUUUCUCUGCUUUCAAGCCUAUGUUGGCAGCUGUGGCCAACAUCCGUAAUAUUGAGAAACAGAUGGGUAAUAGCCCUUUUUACAUUGAAACCAAACUCGAUGGAGAACGCAUACAACUGCACAAAGAUGGGGAUGUGUACAAGUACUUUAGCCGAAAUGCCUUUGAAUACACACAGCAGUUUGGAGGGUCACCACUGGAGGGCUCGCUGACACCUUACAUCCACAAUGUUUUCAAAAGCCAUGUUGUGAAUUGUAUACUUGACGGUGAGAUGAUGGCAUACAACCCGACCACAGAGAACUUCAUGCAGAAAGGGAGCAAAUUUGACAUCAAGAGGCUGAUGGAUGACUCUGAGUUACAGACAUGUUUCUGUGUGUUUGAUGUGUUGUUAGUCAACGAUCAGAAGCUUGGAAAGGAAACCCUGAAAAAGCGCUAUGAGACUUUGCAGACUGUUUUCACCCCAGUCAAGGGAAGGAUGCAUUUGGUACCAAAAACUGAAGUCCGAAGCACACAGGAGGUGGUGAAUGCCCUCAAUGAAGCCAUAGACGGCAGAGAAGAAGGAAUCAUGGUGAAGGAUCCUUCGUCUAUCUACAAACCCGACAAACGUGGGGAGGGAUGGCUGAAAAUCAAGCCAGAGUAUGUAGAUGGCUUGAUGGAUGAGCUCGACUUGCUGAUUGUUGGCGGAUACUGGGGUAAAGGCAGACGUGGUGGUAUGAUGUCCCAUUUCUUAUGCGCUGUUGCUGAAGCUCCCAAACCUGAUGAGAAACCUUCAGUUUUUCACACUAUCUGUCGAAUUGGCUCAGGCUACACCAUGAAAGAGUUAUAUGACCUGGGGUUAAAGCUAGCAAAGCACUGGAAAGUCUACAGGAAGAACGACCCACCAGCGUCCAUCCUGUGUGGCACAGAGAAACCAGAAGUCUACAUUGAACCCUGCAACUCGGUCAUCCUCCAGGUCAAGGCGGCUGAAAUUGUGGGGAGUGACAUGUACAAAACAAACUGCACCCUACGCUUCCCCAGGAUUGAGAAGAUUCGCGAAGACAAGGAGUGGCACCAGUGCAUGACUCUGGCUGAGCUGGACCAGUUUCGCAGCAAAGCAUCUGGGAAACUGGCCUCGCGACACGUGCGUAUUGAUAAUGAUGAACCAGAGAAGAAGAAGCGCAAACAGGCGGUCAAACCGAAGAAGGUGGUUGGGGUUAUCGAUCACUUCAAGCCUCAGGACCUGUCUGGGGUUACCAAGGAGACAGACAUGUUUGAAGAUGUGGAAUUCUGCAUCCUGAACGGCACUGAGGAUCAUCCCAAGGCGGAGCUGGAGAAGGGCGUGGCCAGAUGCGGAGGUAUUGUCGUUCAAAACCCCGGCCGAGACACCUACUGUGUCAUUGCUGGUGUGGAGAACAUGCGUGUGAAGAACCUGAUUUCCUCCAACCAACAUGAUGUGGUUUGGGCAGCCUGGCUGCUGGAGUGCCUUGACCAAAAAGAAGUGGUCCCAUGGCAACCGCGCCACAUGAUUCACAUGUCUCCCUCCACCAGAGAGCACUUUGCCAAGGAGUACGACAGCUAUGGCGACAGCUACUUCGUGGACACAGACGAGCAGCAGCUGCAGGAGGUGUUCGGCCGGAUCGACUGCGCAAACGCUUCGACUGCUGUGAACGUGGGUCGGGUGGAGGAGCGUUACGGCUGGGAGGACCUUCCAACCAGCAUGUUCCGGCCUUACAGGGUUUACCUGGACCGCUACGCUGACAUUGGAGAUCCCACAAGUGCCAUACCUGCUAGCUGCCUGGAUAUCAGGGCACUGGAGUUUCGCUACCAUGGAGGAACUGUGGAGCAGAAACUAGAGGAAGGAGUCUCACAUGUCGUCAUCACAGAGGAAACAAGACUUCUGGAAUUACGCACUCUGAGGCGGUGUUUCAGGAAAAAGUUUAAGAUUGUAACAGAUUCAUGGGUAAUUGAUUCAAUUAAAGCAGGGUAUGUGAUGAAUGACAGCGAGUACUUGGUAUAAAGGUGAAGAUAUCCUGGAUGAAAUUGGCAGAGGAGGAAAAGCCUCAUUGUACAUGUUGUAGCAUUAAAUUUUAAUUCCCCAUUGAAUUAGCUAUUAAUUAUUAAUAAGACAUUUAAAAGCAGCUGAUAUCAGCACUGAAGGGGCGACAAGAGGUGUCAUUUAAAUGCUGUUUUAGAGGGAUGUCAGAGAUCAGCCAUUCGAUUCAACUUCUGGAAUCACACACGCUGUGGGACUGCUUUAGGUGAGAGAUGCUGAUUGAUUCAGUGAAAGCAGGGAAUGGUAUGAGUUGUAGUUGAAAAGCAAAAGGCAAAGUUCUACUGGAGACAUAGGAUUAAAGUUUUACAAGAGGAACAAAUUUCUCAGCAUUUUAUUAAUCCUAAUGUUAAAAUCUAGUUGUGAACUAUUAAUAGCACAUUUUUAACAAUGCCAAAAUCAGCACUGAUGGGGGGAUGUAUUUAAAGCUACUGCAGGGAUGUCUACUGUAUCAGGUAUUACCGCUCAACUUUAUGAGUGUUCUGUCCUGAGUAAUUGCUGUUUUAAAUGAGGCCUCAGAAAAUAACCAAAAAGCACUGACUAUUUUUUUAACUGUUGAAUCACAUUUUGUGUUAUUUUUAGAGAAGAUGAUGCAUUUCACAUUUAAUCUAAAAUGACAUUUGUAAUUGUAACACACAUGUCUUUGAAUCUCAGAAAACAGCAGUAGUGUAAAACUGGAAUGACAGUACAGAGUUUUUAAACACACUGUCCAUUUUUGCAGGUCAUUGUUUCAGUGUUUUUAAAAUGCCAAUUCUAAUAAAGAUAUGGACGUGGAUAAAA